GAAAAUCUACACUGGCGGAGAGCACGGAGACGCGGACGGGGCGACAGAAGAUGGUGGAACAUCUUUCAACCCGAUUUUCCAAGACUCGUCUGUUUUGAUGAAUGAGGACGGAAACAGCAAUUUCAUGUGGAUGCACCAGGGUAGUACUAUCAACAACCAUUCCAAUCGCACGACCAAAACCUCGAACUUUUUCCACCCGAGGGAGGAACUACAUCAGCCCAUACAAGAACUAUCGGAGUUUGAGAGGCAGAAGAAAAGAGCACUCCAAGACUACGAGCGCAUUUUUGCGGGGUCCUCCGGGCCGAAACAUGACCACAAUGCGACGGUUAGAAGGUACACGAUGAAAACCUGGGGGCCGGACCGGGACUUGUCUUUCCUCACCAGCGCCAUGGCCAACGCGCGGAAGCGAGAGCAAGAAGAGUACGAAGAAGAGUUCGACCGCAAGGUCGGCUGGGAGGAAUUCCGCCCGAUUGAAUCGGAGGCGGAGAUUUUCGACAUUUCCAACAAGGGCGACAUUUCCCCGCUCGCGAAGCAGACCAUGGAGGACCUAAAAUUGGAGAAGAAACGACGCCGCGGGGAGCUGUUUCUCCAGGAACAGAUGGAGAAGGAGAAACUGAUCGAGACCCAAAAACGCGAAAAGUACUACGACUCCCUGCAGAAAGAGGUCGACCGGGUGGAAAGAGUGUUCGACGUGAAGGAGCUGGAGAAGGAACUUCUCGCGAAGCAACAGCUGUCCAUAUCGAAAGAUAAAAUCCCCCCUCCCCAUAUCAGACCGAAAUUUCUGAUGCUGGAUUUGUGUACACAAAUCCGAGCUGUCUUGCUGGAGAGCACUGAAGGCCCAUAUCAAGUGUGAGUACCGAGGUUUCGGCUUAGGCACUUAGCAUGAAAAACUUCCGCGCUGUAGGCCCAACAGCAUGAGAAACGGCCUGCGCAGUGCGGCGGUUGUCUGCGGAAUUGCCUUCUUGCAAGACAGACGCGAUUUGUGACCACAAAUCAGCAUCACAAAUUUCCAGAAAUGCACCUUUUCAGUAUAGGGAGGGGGGAUUUUUCCUGUUGAUAGUCCACCAGGAUGCGGAACAGAAAACUUGCGAACUCGUCCAGUCCGCAGAAACUGAUGUCCUUGAACAGUUUUCGGAAGUCGACGUCGAGCAUGAGCCUCUCCUCUUCCAAAACCUUGGAUUUGUCGCAAACCAUGUCGGUGUCCCCCCGAAUGAAGAACUACGCGCUGAAGAAAAAAUUGGAAAGUCAGAGGUUGGCGAAGGCCAACGCCAACUCCCCGGUGAAGAAGAAAAAACAAGACCUGUCCUUUUUUUCCGAACGAC